AUGUCGGACAAGUACAACUUUAUAGCGCCGGCAAUAGUCAAGGUGCUUGUUGUCCCCAUUAACAACUGCACCAAGGCCAAUUUCACCCGAUAUUUGCAACUACUCCAUUCCAACGUCAGCGAGGUGCGAUUACUAGACAUCACACCAAAUUCCGACCUACUGCAUUUCAAUCCAGCAUCGUUCCCCAAUGGGAGAAUAUUUAUAGAGUUUACCACCACCACCAUAGAUCAGGAAUCAAUCUUUCUCCAUGACUUUGAACCGUUUCGCAAAACCUUUAUUGUCAUUGCAGUGGGGACAUACUCUGAAGAGUUGAAUGCUCAACAACACUUGGACGCAAUCAAGACGCGAUUCCCCACCACCAUAAUGGCCAAUUCUAUCAUGUUCGACACACCGCUGGUCCAAGUCGAAUCACUAAACAAACUCAACCCGGAUGUGUUUUAUCAUGAUGGAACCACAAACAAACUCACGGCAUUAGAAACAAUAUUUUGUGACAUAUGUGGCAACUUUUUGAACGAAUUGGACAGCUACGCAUCGUCAUUUGCCAAUAUUACAUUGAGAUCGCCAGUGUCAAUCACGGACUCGCACGUUCUCACUAAAGCUAUCAACAAGGCCCAGAAGCGAAUCUCCUUGGGCGGAUCAACAUCAUUCAAAGUCUCAUUCAACGGCAACUCUGCACCAACCUCGAUGGAAACCAAAUCAAAGACACAUUUACGACAUCUUGGUCGCCAGAGGAAGCUCAUGGGUAACUUUUACUUGCUAUCAGGAAAAUACCACGACGCGUUGCAAAGCUUCAUUGAAGGGUUGCAGGCAUUGCGCAAAUGUGACGAUUACUUGUGGUUGGCGAGUGCAUUGGAAGGCAUGGCCGUGAGUAUUGUCUUGCUUCAGUUCAUUGGAUCACAGUAUACGUUACCCAGUCAGAUCUUGUGUCCUAUCCUACAAGUGACCAAGAGUAAAAUGAACUCAUUGUCUGAUCCUACAUUGUCUCCGAGAAAGUCCUCGAUCGAUUCCCAAUCUUCGAAAAUAACCACCAAUUUAUCACCAAGAACAUCGUUUUCGGGUGCAACCAAUGGAUUCACGUUGAAUUCACUCACAUCCACGCCUGAUUUGAACACUGUGGCUCUCCCUGAACUCUUGAAUGUUGUAAUGUCGCGCGCAUUAUCGUUCUAUGAUUUAAGCACGAACGAUUUCGAGGAUAUGGUUCCGGAUAUCGUUUACGUUGAGUCUAUUUUGCGUAAUAUUAGACUCAUGAUUGGGUUUCAUCUAUCUAAUGGAGAAAUGGCAUCUACAGAUUUAGAAAAUAUCAUAAGAGGGAAGAAAACUGAGAGUGCAACUUAUCAAGGUUACUUUUACCGCCUGGACAUCCUUGCUGAAAUCGACAAGAUUUUCCAAUUACAACUCGUGGACUUGCCCAUUAUAGACCAAUGUCGGAUUUACUCAGUGUUGGCGUCCAUGUAUUCUGAUUUAGGGAUGAUGAGGAAACGGGCAUUCAUUUUGCGGACGUUACUAGUGGGACUUCUCCCUGACUUGGAGAAACAACUGAGUACAACCACCCCGGGACAGAUCCAGUCGAUUCGAGAAAUUGUAGAUUUCUUAUUCGUGUUGUAUGGUAUCAAUUCCGAACCAGAAGUCUCUGCCGAAGCUGCCAGUUUCCAAUCACAAAGCAACUGGCCUGCGUUACAAAUCCAGUUCCUCAAGUUAUGUAUGAAGAUUGGGGAAAAUAUCAAUGAUAAAGAGUUUUUGUUGAAGUUGUGUACAUUGUUGUUGACUAGGUAUACCCAUAACUUACCCGAGGAUGAUCAGAUUCGAUUAAAGGAAAAAGUCGAAAGUUUGAUUUUCCAAUCCACCAUUGAUAAGCUAUCACUUAGCGUUCCUUAUUGGGAUCCAUUCAUGGUUCGCCGGGCUAAAUUUGUCAAUUCCAAGCAACGCGAUGAAUUGAUUCCAUUUAAUGAGUAUUUGGAGAAUGGUGUCCUGCAAGAAUCAACCGAUUCGUUCUUUGAUCCGUACCAAAAGACCGUCGAAGUCAGUGUGUUUGAGAAGGACAAGCUAUUGAUCAAGGAUGACGUAAACCAUUUGAAAAUUACCCUUCAGAAUCCGUUUGCGUUUGAAAUUGAAAUCAAUGACUUGGAAAUCGCCACAGAAGGUGAUGUCCAAGUAGAAACCAUCAAAAGUUUAAUCCGUGCUAUAAACCCAUCACCAUCACAACAACAACUGCUCAACAACACAAUUCGAGCAUCAUCCAUGACCAAAGUUCGUGGAUUGACAAAGAAAGCAUCACCCGUUAAUCUGACCCUGCCGAAUAAUUUCUCGAGCUCGUCGUCGCAAACCCUGUCAGUGAUGGUCGUGCCUCCUAAUUCAACCGAACAGUUCUUGGUCGCAUUUAGAGCAUUGCAUGUUGGUCAAUUAAAGAUUAUUGGAUUUAGAGCUUCUAUUGGUCCGUGCAAACCGCAAUUCUUUCCUAUUGUGGACAAGGAACUAUACGCCAAAUCUGUCAAGAUAACUGACCAUUCCAUUUCUGAAGUUCCCAACACCCUUGAUAAAGUAAUUGCUAAUUUAAAAAACGCCUCCAUUGAGUCACGAGCAACCACAAGAAAACUUGUUCUAAAUGUCAUUUCCCGCCAACCAACCUUGACAUUGACUGACACACUGGUUACUAACGGCUGGAUCAUGUUGCUUGAUGGAGAAAAGUUUGAUUUUUCAAUAAGAUUAACCAAUCACUCACCAGUGACAAUCAACUACUUGUCAUUUUCCUUUUGGGAUUCUACUAUUGAACCUUUGAACAAUAAGUUGAAUCUGGCCGGAGUCCAAAACACCUUGGAUGCCGCCGAGAUGUAUGAGAUUGAGUGGGCACUCGUCAAAUUCAAACCAUUCAGAAUCGUUAACAAGGAUGAAAUCGCGGAAAAGUACAAGACAAUUGGACCUGGUGAUGACAUUGAAAUAGAUUACGAAGUUACUGGAAGAAAGGGUAUGGAUUUGCUGAAGAUCAUUUUGGAUUAUGCACACAAGAAUAGUGAUGAUAUCCCCAACAGUUUCGUCAAGCAUAUUCACAUACCGUUGAAUAUCUCCGUCAUGCCAGCCAUUGAAGUUGUAGGGUGUGAUAUCUUGCCCUUGUUUGCGUCUCUGUUGCAAGGUUUGGAUGUUACCUAUCAACACAAUCCUGGCAAUUUGAAUCAGGUGUUGCAGUUUAUCAGUGGAUUGAUUGAGCUGAAGAAAGAUGUUUCCGAUUAUUGUUUGUUCAUUAUAGAUUUGCGGAAUUCAUGGACGGAUAAGUUGAGGAUUAAUUUAAAGUAUUCUGACAGUGUUGAGUUUGAAAUCAAUGAUUCCAUAGUCCCAGAUAAGACUCUGAGAUUCUUGAUCCCUAUUAAACGAAUCAAACCGAAUGAAAUUGACUUUACAAAACCGAUUCCUUCGUUACGUAAUCGACAAUUCGUCAAGAAUUACAAUCUCACUGAGGAAGCAGAGAAAUUAAUGCAGAAAUUAUUUUGGCUUCGGGACCACAUCUUGUUGAAAUUGUCUGGUUCUUGGAGUGGCAGUGAUGAUGCUCGUCAUGGAACUAUAGAUUUACGACCAUUGAGAUUGACAGCCAAGAAUAGCAGUAUACUAGUGUAUGAUAAUAUCUUGAUCAACCAUAGUAUAUGUGAUGAACUGGAUACCCCGCUUGAGAAACAAGGCACCCAGUACUGUUUGCAAGCUGACGAAUUCUACAUAUUGAAAACUACAAUUGUCAAUAAUUCCGAGAGUCCAAUCACGGGAAUUAUCAGACACUUACCCAUCCCGAGAUCCAUAACGAGUUCAAUUCACCCCACUUCUGUCUCGUUUAAAGCGCAAUUGUCAAUUGAUCGGAAGAUCCUCUUUAAUGGGGUGCUACAGAAUAAAAUUAGUGAUGUUCCCUUGCAACCGGGAGCUAAACUCGAAUUGGAACUCAGCUUUGUUAUUAUAGAACGAGGAGAAUUCGAAUGGGCGACGGUAUUGGAGGUGCUUGCUCCCGAGAGCGCACAUUAUGUGGGGCAUGAACCUACGUAUAUAAUGGCAAUCUAA